AUGACUGAAAGAAAAGCUUUUAAUAUAAUUCAAGCUGUUCCAGUUCACGACCAUGAAUAUGAUGUUGAACGAAAGAUUGUUUGUGUAGCAAAAAGUGAUAACGAUGAAGCAAAGCAUUCUGUUACAUUGAAUCUGACAGAUUUAAAUUCAUUAAGAGUACCAAAAACUUUUGCACAUGGAAUUGGAAGUAUAACAAAUGAUCGUGACGAAUGA